AUGGCUCCUCGGGCCCAUUCUUAUAUAUAUAUUCGCUCCACCAGCCAGGGCAUAGCAGGACAGCGGACUUUGAUUAUUGCUUGCUCCAUAGCUGCCAUCGGAGUCCUGUUAACAGUCUUCAUUUUUCUGUUUGGCUGUAUUUGGCGUCAUCACCUGAAAAGUCCAAAAUUCAGGUCACCGUCGCAGCUUAAGCUGCCGCGAGGAGUAGUCGAGCCGAGCGCUGAAUAUAAUAAUACCGAUCAAAUUUAUGAGCUACCCAUUCAAGUCAUCAAGCCAUCACCGUGCAUUUUGCCAUUGAAGUUGAAAGAGUCCGAUAUUAUAACUCCCCAGAUCCCAGUUCCAGCCUCUCGAUACCUCCAUCCGCCGAACCCGUCAAGUUUUCAGAACCGAUCAUUUUCUGACUUUCAAUGUAAACGGAAAUGCCCACCCAGACUUGAGCCUCUGCCCGAAACAGGGUCAAUUACAUAUACCACUGUCCGUGAAUUUGAACAGACCCCAAAUAGAGCGUUUGAUAUGGAACAGGAGAAAUAUGACUCCAGGGAAUUCCGCGGCUCCCUCGACGAAUUAUCAACCAUAUCAAAUCAUCUCAGCCUAUCUACGGGCCCUACACGAACCGUGUUAGCUCAUACCUAUCCAGAUGAUUCUCACCAUCUUAUGGAUAAUGCAAUACCAAGCCCUUCCCUUUAUUUCUCGGCCAGUAUCGAUAUUGAAUCCUUGAUGUUUCCGCCCGAGGUCGAUAAGCCAGAAUCAUGCCUGCUUUCCAGGUCAAGGACUAAAAGUAGCAGUGUCAUUAUACUCCCGGGGAGUAGCCCUGACUCUAAGACGAACACAAGCGGCAGCAGCAAACCACUGAGAGCAACUCCAUCUAUUAUCUCUCGCUGGCGGAAAGUUCGAGAUAUGACUGAUUAUCAAAACGAGGAUGUGUGUACGCCUGAAUGCCCUACAUCACCUGCUUGGUCAGAGCAUUGUUCGAUCUUAAGCAAUCUUAAAAUCGAAGAGAAGGUCGACGAGUGA